AUGCGAAAAUCAAGAAUGGGCCUAAUUCAAACGCCGGAACAAUUGCGAUUUUGUUGGAAAACAAUUGCUGAUGUGCUGCGACAGGGUUGCGCAAGAAAAUCGGCAAAACCUGGGUUGCUGAAGAUCGCUCUCAAGAGAUUUGGAAAGGAUUUUUUGGUCGGUGGGCCAGACGCUAGCGUUGGGUUUAUCUGUGCCGCCGCAGUUGCCGCUUGUGCUGCUGCUUAUUACAUUUAUCAUUUAGUCUUUUAG